AUGUUGAAUGAAUGGAAUGAAUCUAUUGGAAGCUGCAAAGAUCCUAGAGAAGCUGAACUUAGACGAUUGAGAUGGUUACUUGAGGCUAGUGUGAUUGAGAACUUGGGGAUGUUAUCUGCUAUGAGCAAAGAAGUUUGGCAGCCUCCCUCAAGUGUGUGGAUUUUAACGCAGGAUCCUAGAGAAGCUGAACUUAGACGAUUGAGAUGGCUACUUGAGGCUAGUGUGAUUGAGAACUGGGGGGAUGUUAUCUCCUGUGUGGAGCAAAGAAGUUUGCAGCCUCCCUUAACGACAGGCUUCAGGUGGAUGUGGAAUGGAAUCCUCGACGGCGGCGCCCACGCCGUCGGUAUCUCCCUCCACGCCGGCCUCUCCACGUUCAGGUCGAGCAGGAAUGUGUCGCUCAGGAGCGACCCCCCGUCGGUGCACCCACCCGAAACCACCAGCUUCGACCCCUCGAGCGUGCACGAGCUGUGCCACGAGCGCGGCGGCGGCCGGCCGCCUCCCCCCGGGACCUCCCGCCAUGUCGGCCGCUUGGCGUCGAGGUCGAGCACAAACACGUCAUUGAGCAGCCCUUGCUGCCCGCACCCGCCGAACACGACGAGCCACGAGCCGUUGAGGCACGAGAGCGUGUGGCCCCAGCGCCCGGGAGGGGACGAGUCCACGCUCACGCGGCGCCACUCGGGGGCCGCGGAGUCGAGGUUGAGGACGAACGUGUCGUCCAUCGGCUGCAUGUUGACGCCCUCGCCCCCGAACAGGACGAGCCGGUUCCCCGCGGCGCACGCGCUGAAGUUGCAGCGGGACGGCUCGACGGAGCCCCCGACGGUGAGCUUGCGCCAGCGCACGGCCUCUAAGGUGCUCGCGCGCGAGGCGGCCCCACCCGGGGUUGUUGGGGCGCUUGGCCAUGUGCAGCUCGAGCGUGCCCGUGACGUCGCGGCCCCACGCGUUCUGACACACGAUCUUGCGGACGUGCUCGUUUUUGGUGAGCUGGCGGAUGCGGCGGCAGACGGAGCCGACGGAGGCCACGUCGCGGGGAGUGAGGCGCGAGAGGAUGUUGUGGGCGAUGACCUCGUCGGACAGCUGGAGGAUGCCGCACGGGUGUUGGUGGUGGGGGGUGAAGACGGGGUAGGAUAUGUUGUUGAGGUCGAGUUUGGCUUCGGAGAAGACUUGGAUGCCGAUCACGUGGGUCACGCUGCCGUCGUCUCCGUGGAUUGGGCUUCCCUUGAAAUUCCAAGCCUUCUUCGAGGCACCUCCGGAUCUCUGAGACUACCACGGGAUCCACCAGUGGGUGCCGCCGCUUCGCGCGCGGUUGCGACCAAGGACCUCAUCAGCGCGAAAUCCGGUGGCCAAUUCGAAGACGGUGUUGACGUAGAUGAUAGGAAAAUCGGGCUCCAACGCAUCCGACACGACGAUCGCCGUCAGCAGCGCCGUCGGAGAGUAGAAGAGUCGGUCCGCCGCACGUGA